AUGAGAGCUGAGUGUAGGCAGCGUCUGGGUUUGACCUUGGCUAUCAUCGGCUUUCUGGGGACCAUCACCACCUGUGCUCUCCCCUCAUGGAAAGUCACAGCCUUCAUUGGUUCCAACAACAUUACUGCUGAGUUAAUCUUUGAGGGCUUGUGGAUGUACUGCGUGGUUCAGAGUACAGGCCAGAUAAAAUGUAAAGUUCACAGUUCUGUACUCACAUUACCUCAAGACUUGCGGACUGCUAGAGCACUUGUCGUGAUCUCCAUCAUCAUCGGGUUCUUUGCAGUCUUGCUUGGUGUCACUGGGAAUAAGUCCGUCAAGUUACUGCAGGACGAAAAGCAAAAGACUUCUGGAGUUGUCUUCAUCAUUGCAGGCAUCUUGGUGCUUAUAGCAGUUUGCUGGAGCACUAACACCAUCAUGAAUAAUUUUUACAAACCUUUCCUGAAGAUGGAGCUUGGAACCUCGCUCUACAUUGGCUGGACAUCUGCAGGACUCCUGUGCCUGGGAGGAGGCCUGUGCAGCUCCUGUCAUCCAAAGGGUGAAACUAAAUGUGAGGUCACGUACUCUAAAGCUCACUCCACAGCCCAAGUUUAA